AAUUUCUCUCUACAAUUCAACACCAAAACACGCACACACGUAGUGACAACGCAGCAUCCAAAGCUGUUGCUGAGCCAAAAAGAAAGAAAAGAAGAAUUGGGGGAAAAAGCAGAGGACUUUCGGUUCCCUCAUAUGCUCAUCUCUACACCAAUCUGAUAUUGAAUUUGGUUAUCAUCAUCAUUCAUUCAUGUUCAACUGGUUUAUUAAGAUUGGAAAUUUUUUUGAGUGACAGAAGGAAGAGAGACAAAUGGGUGUUGGGUUGCUGGAUAUUGGAGUUCAAAUCCAGAAAUUUAUGGUCUUUGCGUUCAGAAGAUGUUAUAGAUCAGUUUGUAAUCAUCCAUUCCUUGUAGGUUUGGUGUUAUUCUUGAUUUUCCUGUACAGAUCAUUUCCUUUUUUGUUUUCCCUUUUCGUCUCUGCCUCCCCUGUUCUUGUUUGCACUGCUGUUCUCCUUGGAACCCUUUUGAGCUUUGGGCAGUCGAAUAUACCUGAAAUCGAGAAGGAAGAAGAGAGAAUCCAUGAGAUUUUGUCUUUGAAAACUGGGGUUUCAAGCGAUGCUGUUGUUGUUGAGAGAGAUGAGAGCUUUGAUAUAGAGAGGUACACUGAUAAGAGAAGGGAUGUAGUUGAGAAGUCCAUUCAGGAAGCAAGUUCCACAUCGAGUAAGGUCAGUGAACUUGACAGAGAUGAUAACAGUUUUCUUGAGAGCUCGCCGUUGAUCCAGGAGAAUUCCCGGGAAAUUCAAUUUGAGAAGCGGGUGAUUGAGGAAGAGGAGAGAGAAUUACUUGAUUCGGGAUAUGAAAAGAAGAGUGAAGUUAAUGAAGAGAGCCCACGCCAUGGGGAAGUUGUUGAGAAUCAAUACUCCCUGAUUCAUGAGGUUAGGGGGGAAGUUGUUGAGAAUCAAUACUCCCUGAUUCAUGAAGUUAGGGAUGAAAUAGUUAAUGGUGAAAAUGACAAAUCAUCAGUGGAAUAUGUCGAUUCUCGCAUGGCUGGUGACUUCGAUUCUUCUCAAAUUCCCCCUUGGAGACAAGUGGAGGCGGCAGAUCAUGAUGAUGAGGCUUCGGAUUAUGGGUCUGAUGAUGCAGAGAGUUCCUCUCCUGACGCUUCAAUGGCUGACAUCAUUCCAAUGCUUGAUGAGCUCCACCCACUUUUAGAUGAAGACGCUACUCAGCCUGGUCACAAGUCCCAUAGUGACUCUGAUGCCGCUUCUGAGCGGUCUCAGAAAUCCAGUGACAGCAUUAAUGAGUUAGAUGCGGAUGCUGAAAACCAAGAAGAGGAAGAAGUUGGUGAUGACGACGACGAAGAGGAAGACGCGCAGGGGGGAAAAGAGGAUGCAGUUACAUGGACAGAGGAUGACCAAAAGAAUCUCAUGGAUUUAGGAACUUCUGAGCUGGAAAGGAACCAACGUUUGGAGAAUCUUAUUGCUAGGAGAAGGGCAAGGAAAGAUUUGAGGAUGAUGGCUGAGAAGAACUUGAUAGACUUGGAUAGUUCUGACCUUCCGUUUAAUAUUGCACCCAUUUCAAUAACAAGACGCAACCCUUUUGAUCUUCCUUAUGACUCCAAUGACAACAUGGGAUUACCGCCCAUUCCUGGAUCUGCUCCAUCUAUUCUAUUACCAAGACGAAACCCUUUCGAUCUUCCUUAUGACUCAAGUGAAGAGAAACCUGAUCUCACGGAAGACAGUUUUCAAGAAGAGUACAAGACAUUUCAUCAAAAGGAGACUCUUUUCCGGAGGCAUGAAAGUUUUAGCGUGGGACCAUCAUUAUUUGGGCCUCACAAGCAGGAGAAGCAAGGUAGCAGGUUAAGACCUUAUUUUGUACCAGAACGAAUGGCUUCAGAAAGAACAAGCUUUUCUUACUUUCAGAGACAAUCAAGUGAACUUAGUGAGUCCCAGGUGAGCUCCAUUCCUGAAACAGAAUCAAUGUGUUCAGCCGGUGGUCAGGAAGUGGAGUUGAUCUCCAGCACAGAGCAUGUUUACGAGCUUGUUAAAGAUGGAAGUGAAUCCUCUGAAGAGUUAGAUACUGCAGAGUUUGGUCAAUCUGAGAAGAAAGAUGAUGUACUCGGUGAGGUUGAAAUUAAAUUGGGGGGACUGGAAUAUUAUCAUGAAAUGGAAUCGAGCUUAUCAGUAACAGGAGAUGUAGCAACUCCCAUGGAACACGACACAGGUGGAAUUCAUCUGAAUACAGGAGCAGCUGACAGCAUUCAAUCAAGCAUAUCAUUGUUAUCAGAAGUUAAUGGAAAGGUCUUUGAUGAGAAAGAAGAUGAAGGGUUAUCAAUUGUGGAGCCAAGAAAAGGCAAUGUUAUUGAAGAGUCUGGCAUUUCAAUGCAACCUUCUUUAGAAGAGUCGGGUUUCAACUUUACAAAUCGGUUGGUGGAUGAUAGUCAGCAUAAGGAGCCUGUUUAUGAUUUAAGCCCGACAGGAUUUGGGAAGAAACUCUCUUCUUCCUCCGUUUCUUCUGAACUGCAAGUUGAGAUACCCGAAACGGGCUUGCCAGCAGUGUUGGAUAAAAGAACCAUUCCUUUUGCAGAUAGAGAUUCUGGAGUAAGUAACCAGAGCAUUGAAAAGGACACUCCUAUCAGCGAAAAGAUGUUUGAAGGCUCAUCACAUUUGCAUGCAGUGGAUGAAAAUGAGUUGGAAUUGAGAGAAGUUACAGAGAUAAGUGAGCAUGAUGUUAUGAAUUUUGGGUUCGCACUUGUUGACCGAGAUGUUGACAGUGAAAAUGCAUCGAUAUUGCCUGACCUUGUUUUCGAGCAUGCUUCAAAUAAUCCAAAACCAUCUAAAUUUGUGGAGGAUCAUUUUAUGUAUCAGGAUGACAAUCAUCAGCAUGAACAGAAUGAGGUUGCCUCAUCAAUCUUUGACACAGAUAUACACGUAGUGGUCCAGCAAGAUGUGGGUGAAAAGGUGGAUUCCGUGGAUUUAAGUUCUCAGUAUAAGUUGUCUGGGGAUCUAAAUUUAUUUGCACCUGAGGACGACCAAGCCUCAUGGAGUGUUGAGCAACUUUCAGGGAUUUAUCCCUCUACAUCUUCUGAGACUGAACUAAUAGUGGAGCGCUCAAUUGAUAAGGAAGUAGCUCUUCAGUUUGAACAAUAUCAAGUCCACUCAUCAAGCUCUGAUGCAAAUUUCCUUGUUGACAUCCACCAUGAAGCAGAUGAUAGGCUGGUUUCUACACAUUAUCAAUAUGUUCCUGAGAAAAGCUCUGUGUUGGAAUUGGAGAAACAGAUGUCUUCGUCGAAUAAGUCUAUGGUUCAGUUGUCUUCCGACACUCAUGAAGAACAGCAGGAACCAUUGAUUAUCCAGUUGAAGUCUAUUGAGGAAGUAGGUGCUCCCAGCAAUUUGAAUGUGUCAGAAGUCCAGGAACCCAGUAACAAAGUUCAAUCAAAUAUCUACUCUCCCUUAAUUCCUGACACUGCCCCCUUUCCAUUUGAAGUUUCUGAAACCAGAUCCGCUACAGGUCUAGCCGAUUUAAAAGACAUCCUUGAUGGAAUGGAAAAUAAGGAACAAAUUCAGGUCUCAAAACACUUCAAUUAUCCAGCAGAAGCAACUGGGUCUUGUGUUGAUGAGCAAAAUAUAAUUGAAGAGGCAGAUAAGAUCAAAGAGAUUGACGAAGGAUUGCUGUUAGAAUUGGAUGCAGUUGGUGACUUCAGUGUCAAAGAAUUUGGAUCAAAAUUGAAUGACAUUGAAAAUCACUUGGUUCCUGCUGGAGAGAGGUUUCUUGUGCCGCGUGAUCUUGAAACCAAGUAUGACGGAACUGUUUGUGACCUUAUUGAAGCUGAUAAAAUUGAGCCUAUUGUAGAACCAGAGAACCCAAGUGCAUAUAGGGCUGAGGAGGAGAUCCAUCAAUAUCAAGAUGUGGAGGGUGCCUCAGAAUUUCAGAUGUCUGGGGCAAGCUACACCAAGCAUAUUGGUUCGCCCGUUGGGGAAAAUUUUCACAGAGAAGUCGAGAUUCCUAUGGAUUUCAAAUCAGUCAAUGAUGGAUCACUGCAAAAGAAAACUGAAAUUGAGCUCGCAGAUUCCAAAAUGAACCAAAUUUCAAUUUUAGACGAGAUCAGUUCAGGGAUUCCUGUUGUUGAAACACAAUCAGUUGAAGAUAUUGAUUCCAUGUUUUUUAAUACUAAAAUUGAAUUUGGGGAGUCUGAGAUACCGCACCAGGAUCAAAGUGAAGUAGAGAGCAUUUCUGAGACACCAGUUCUUGGAGCAAGGUCUCUUGAUGAUAUCGACUCAGACAUUGACCAAAUUGAUGAAGAAGAAAUUAAGCAACCUAUUGUUACUGAGUUGCUCCAUGCUGAGCAGACACCAGAAGAAACUGAACCCGGGUGUUCUGAACAUGGGAUUUUGCAGAAAGAUUCAAAUCUGACAGAAAACAAAAUGGAGUUGCCAGUUAUUGAGGCAACAUCAGUCGAAGAUAUUGGUUUGGCUUUUAAAAGUCUCCAUGAAGACAUAGGUAUUGAAAGACGCAUCCUCCCCAGUUCAGUUGAUGAUAAUCCAGAUGUACUCGUAUCCAAAGAUCCUGCAAAAACAAAUUCAGAAAUUGAGCUUGGAGAGUCUGAGAUGCCCCGCCAGGAUCAGAUUGGAGUGGAGAUCACUUCUGAGAUGCCAGUUCUUGAAGCACACUCUCUUGAAGAUAUUGAUUCAGCCUUCAAGCAAAUUGGUGAAGAAAAGGGUAAGAAACCUAUUGUUACUGAGUCACUCCAUGCUGAGCUGACGCGAGAAGAAACUGAACCCGGGUGUUCUGAACAUGGGAUUUUGCACGAAGAUUCAAAUCUGACAGAGAACAAAAUGGAGUUACCAGUUAUUGAGGCAACAUCAGUCGAAGAUAUUGGUUUGGCUUUUAAAAGUCUCCAUGACGACAUAGAUGUUGAGAAACACAUUCCCCCCAGUUCGGUUGAUGAUAAUCCAUAUGUGAUCGAAUCCAAAGAUAUUGCAGAAACGAAUUCAGAAAUUGAGCUUGGAGAGUCUGAGAUACCCCACCAGGAUCAGAUUGAAGUGGAGAUCAAUUCUGAGAUGCCAGUUCUUGAAGCAGGCUCUCUUGAAGAUAUUGAUUCAGCCUUCAAGCAAAUUGGUGAAGAAAAAAUUAAGAAACCUAUUGUUACCGAGUCACUCCAUGCUGAGCUGACGCCAGAAGAAACUGAACCUGGGUGUUCUGAACAUGGGAUUUUGCUCGAAGAUUCAAAUCUGAAAGAGAACAAAAUGGAGUUACCAGUUAUUGAGGCAAGAUCAGUCGAGGAUAUUGGUUUGGCUUUUAAAAGUCUCCAUGAAGACACAGAUGUCGUGAGACACAUCCUCCCCAGUUCAGUUGAUGAUAAUCCAGAUGUAAUCGAAUCCAAAGAUCCUGCUGAAAUGAAUUCAGAAAUUGAGCUUGGACAGUCUGAGAUACCCCACCAGGAUCAGAUUGAAGUGGAGAUCAAUUCUGAGAUACCAGUUCUUGAAGCACACUCUUUUGAAGAUAUUGACUCAGCCUUCAAGCAAAUUGGCGAAGAAAAAGUUAAGGAACCUAUUGUUACUGAGUCACUCCAUGCUGAGCUAACAACAGAAGAAACUGAACCCGUGUGUUCUGAACAUGGGAUUUUGCACCAAGAUUCCAAUCUGACAGAGAACAAUUUGGAGUUACCAGUUAUUGAGGCAAGAUCAGUUGAAGAUAUUGGUUUGGCUUUUCAAAAGCGCCGUGAAGACAGAGAUGUUGAGAGACACAUCCUCCCCAGUUCAGUUGAUGAUAAUCCAGAUGUGAUCGAAUCCAAAGUUCCUGCAGAAAUCAGUUCAGAUUUGCAAAUUGCCGAAGCAAGUUCUUUAGGAGAUACCAAUAUGAUUAUAAAGCAGGUCGCAGAAGGUAAUUUGGAGAAGCCACUGAAAUCAGAUUCUGAAGGUGGAUAUGCAAGAACAGAGGCAAAUGAAGUAGGUUCCUCCAAGGAAGAUGAAUCAAGCAUUAAAGAAUUUGGUGUGCCAGAAACUAGCACAUGCGCAGUUCAAACAUCUGAAGGUUUAAAUUUAAGUAUGUCUCAUGUCGAAGAAAAGAAAGCUUAAAUCUCAUGAAUCAAGCUGCAGUUCCAGGCUUUCAGCUCCUGCUCAUCUCCAGUGGUUCUGAUAAACAAGAGGGCAAGAUGAGAAACAAAAAAUUGGUUUGACUUUUCCUCUUUGGUUUUCCUCCUUUAUGGUGAGAUUUGUGGUCUUCUGGUUUGGUUAGCAAGUUUGUCUUCGUAAUGGUGGGAGGGUAUUGUUUGUGUUAUUUCGAGAUUUUUUUUUUUUUACUGAUUGAUUCUUCAAGAAUGAGUUUUUUUUGUACUUCUUGAAGUGUGAAAUUUCCCAUUUAGUUAUGUUUCUGGGAGUGAGCUGGUUGUGGCAUACCUGGAGAAAGGAAUGUUUUAUUCCUUCCACUUUGUAUAUCAUUUUCUUUUCCCUGUUGUAAAAGUUGCCCUUUAGAGUGUUUCUAAAAACAUAUUUGUGCAGAUCUUUUUUUUUUCCCUCUGAA